UCAAAUGCCAAUAAACACGUGACGUCACCAAUGUUUUGACAGGAACUUUCAGAAUUAAAUUUAGACUAUUUUGGAAAUCUAGAUUAAAAUAAUGUCUGAACAAUUAGAAUUACUGACGGAGAGUCCGUCUCACUGGACCACGGUGUCGUAUGUGACGCCGGAAAUACAAAAAAAGGAAAUUAAACCUUUUGUUGUUUUGGCCCUAAAAGAGUUAGAAGGUAAUCCAGACAGUAGAACAUCGAGUUUGAUGAAUGCUGACAAGUUCUCAGCUGUCAGGGCGGUCGUGAGGCACUUUGCGAGACUACGUUCAGCUACCAAAGAGCCGUGGAAACAGGAGGAUGUUACUAUGUUUUUGGAAGGACUUAAGUUCUCGCCAGAGUGCACAGCGGAGUUUACAAACCUCCUAUGCACUGAGGAAAUGUAUGAAAACGUGCCCAAACAUUUGCGCGUGAAGCCUGGACUCCUGAGCUUGCAAUGGCGGAUAGACAUGUCAUUGUGCCAAUCCAAUGCACAAGCCGAAAGUCCAACACCGCAGCGUUUAAAAGAGUUAUUCCACAACUUCACAUACGUAAUACUUACUUUACAACUCACGGAUGGAACGACCACAACGUAUCGGCUCUCCAUACAAAAAUUCCAUGAAAUAAGAUAUACUGUAGCUAGCGCUUUGAAAAAUUUGAUUGUUAUGGAGAAAAGGAAAUGCAUGAGGAAAGAAUGACAUAGGUUUUCAUGGGGUUAAAAGGUCUAGAACAGUCAUACUCAACCUAUUUUGUGAACAAAGACAUCUUAUUCUGCCUUGAGCCCCAAAGCAAAUUCACUGACUGUGUCUAAAAUGUUCAUAAAUUAAUGUUUUAUUAAAAAUUAUUAAUGAUUAUAAGGUAAGCACACAGCUCAAGCGAUCUUGGGGAGUUUAAUUUUAGUGGAAUGGUCAGGUGGGCCAUUUUAAAAAGCUUAGCGGGCCACAGGGUUCAGUAUAGCUCUAGAGCAGGUAUGGCAAACCAAUGGCACGCGUAUAAAUGGCAGCACGUGACAAAAUUAUUCGGACACGCGAGUAACAUGCCAAACAUUGUAUACGUAUCUUUCUUUGGGUCUAAUUUCGCUUGGCAUCAGGUGUAGUAAAGCCACAUUUUAUUUUCUUUUUUUUUUUUAUCUCGGCAAAGCGUCUGCACCUGAUGUUAAGCAAAAUUAAGCCCAUAGAAAGUGCCAACCGACCGAAGAUACAAGCACCUCUGGACGGUCGGCACAGUCAUGCCGGCCUGCAUAAUUGCUUCUUCACGCUCCAUUUGAAAGACUCCAGGUUAUAGGAAGGAGGGAACACGUGUGCUGGCAAACCGUUCCACAGCCGAGAUGCUGAUGGCACAUAGCUCAGCAACGA